AUGAGCGGCUCGAGGGGAAAUCGGCAAAGAAACAAAGACGAAAUAUCCCCCGCGGCGUCCACACCUGGGACAGAACAAUGCAAUCACGGCGACCCAGUUACCAGGUCCGACCUGGAAUCGCUACUAGACAAGCAGCGUGAAACCUUUAAACUGGACGUGGCUACCCUGAUAAAGAAGUCGGCCGACUCUUUGAAAGCCUCGGUGGAAUCCCUGGGACAACAACUACAGUCCUUCGAUGGCCGGCUAACUAAAACAGAGACCUUGGCCGGGGACAACUUCGCCAAACUCGCGCUAGCCGAGACCCAGGUGGAGCUUCUCCAAACACAGAACAAGGAGCUGCUGGACCGGGUGGAAAGUUUGGAGAACAAUGCCAACAAGUCCAUGCUGAGAAUAGUCGGUAUACCCGAGGGAAGUGAGUCCGGUUCCGACCCAGCCAAGUUUGUGGCCGAGCUACUAAAAGAAGUUAUGGGCACAGACGUUUUCCCUACUCCCCCAACACUGGACUAUGUGUACCGUUCAGGAGGAAAGACGGACCAGAAGAACCGAGUGAGACCCAGAACCAUGGUCGUCUGUUUCCACUACAUGCAGGAGAAGGAGAGAGCGGCGAAAUGGUCCCGCAAACAUGAAUGCUGGUUCCGAGAUACCCAGCUGCGAUUCUACGCGCACACAACGGUGGCUUUGGCGAAACGUUGCGCUGCUUACAAUCCGAUCAAGAAAUCCCUGUAUGAUAAGGGAAUCCGUACCCGUAUAGUAAGCGGCGCACGCUUGCAGAUAACAUUUCAUGAUGAAACCGUGACUUUUCACUCCCCCGAGGAGGCCAAGACUUUUUAUGACCAGAGGAUAAACGUGCUGCCCGAGACACCUGAUUCACCCGGGGCCGAGUGA